UUAUUUUUUUUAUUUUUCCCAGCAAAAUAUUUCGAAACACACAUAAUUUUUUUUCCCUCUCUGUGAGAAAAAAACCCUAGCUCGUCCUCUCUCCUCGUCCUCUCUUUCAAGUUUCCCUCCCUUUUCUAUCUGAUUUCCUCCAUUCCCAUCCGAUUCGGUGGGUUCUUCUUCUUCAAUGGACUUCAAUUGAACUGAAUCCUUCCUCACUUUGAAGGAUCUGGGAGCUUAAGCUGUCAAACCGAGCAACAAUGGCGUCUUCCGACAAGGAUGUCGAAGAACAGCUUUUGGAAGCUGGCAAUAAGAUUGUUGACCCUCCUACUUCAGUUGAAGAACUCCUACCUCUUCUCGACAAAAUUGAGAGUUUGCUGGCAAAAGUUGAACAAUCCCCUUCAAAAUCAAUGCAAACUGCACUCACUCCGUCACUGAAAGCCCUGGUCUCUGAUCAGCUUCUAAGGCAUUCAGAUAUUGAUGUCAAAGUUGCAGUUGCUGCAUGCAUCAGUGAAAUAACUAGGAUCACUGCACCUGAUGCCCCUUACAACGAUGAGCAAAUGAAGGAGGUAUUUCAUCUGAUUGUAUCAUCCUUUGAAAAUCUCUCCGACAAGUCAAGUCGAUCGUAUGCAAAGAGGGCAUCCAUUCUUGAAACUGUUGCGAAGGUCAGAUCAUGUGUGGUCAUGCUGGAUUUGGAAUGUGAUGGAUUGAUCAUCGAGAUGUUCCAACAUUUUCUUAAGACUGUAAGGGAUUAUCACCCAGAGAAUGUAUUUACGUCAAUGGAGACAAUUAUGAGCCUUGUUUUAGAAGAAAGUGAAGAUAUGGCUGUAGGGCUCCUCUCUCCUAUCUUAGAAAGUGUGAAGAAGGACAAUGAGGAAAUUCUACCUAUUGCUCGGAAGCUAGGAGAGAAAGUUCUUGACAACUGUUCUACCAAGCUCAAACCUUAUUUGGUUCAAGCUGUAAAAACCUUGGGGAUUUCUUUUGAUGAUUACAGUGAUGUUGUUGCUUCCAUAUGCAAAGAUCUUUCUGGCUCUCUUGAGCCUAGUAAUCUUCACGAUGCUGGUGAAAAUGUGGUUGCUGAGAGCAAGUCAGUCAGAACGUCCGAGGAUGAGGUUGACGAGAAACUGACAGAAGUGGCCACACCUGAGAGAGUUGACAUGGCCGUGGAGAAACAUCGUGAUUCAGUUAAGAGCAAUGGAGUUGCAGAGGGGGGUGAGGAUGGCUCGGUGUCUACUCUGGAGAACAAGAAGGAAGAACAUGGUCAGGAGUGCAAAGAGGUGAAAUCACCCAAGAGUCCUGAACCUGCCAAUUUGAGCUCUGAGAAGGCUAGCAAUGUGAAGGAAAGAUCUGAAAAGUCCUCUAGGAAAAAAGGUAAAAAAUCUAAUCAAUCCUCGAAGUCUACUGAAGUUUCUCAUGUUGAUGCCCAGAAGGGAUCUGAGAGCCAGCCAGAACGUGAAAGCCACAGUGAACAUCCUGGUUCUCCUUGUGAGAACCGGUCUGCUGAAAAUUUGCCUUUGGAAAAUGAGGCUGAUGCCAAGCCUUCCUCACCCAAGGCCAUGGAGGUCGAAUCUGCAAAUGUUGCUUCACCUUCACUUAGUGAAAGCGUUCCUGAUGAGUGUAACAAUAAGUCUGGACAGGGAAAUAAGGCUGGACAGGCAAAAAAGAAAGGCAACUCAGCGAAAGAGGUGGUGGCAUCAUCUGCAGAAGUUUCAAAAGAAUCAUCUGAUGGAAUGCACGACUCAGGAGCCAAGCUUGAUUCAGAUGCUGAAGAGAAGGCUCCUGCUGGAGUUUCUGAUGAUACCAAGACUGCAGCUGAAGACUCAGAAGAAAGGGAAAGUGAUGCUACCAGUGAUUAUGAGACUAAGACAUUGAAGCAUUCUGCUAGGAAGGGAGAUGGAGCCAGUAAGAGUAGUGGUGGUUCUUUAAAACAAUCAGAAGCUAAGAGAAAGAAGGGAUCGGGGAAAUCUAUUUCUGGAAAGAACAUGAAAAAAUUAUCAGGUGAUGAUGAUAAAAAGGAAGCAACACCUGUGCUGAAACCAACCUCGAAAACCACCAAAGAUGAGAAGAUCUUGGACAAGACUCCAACAGCAGUUUCCAAGAGGAAACGAACUCCUAGCAAAGAAAAAGAGUCUGAAACCAAGAAAUUUGAUGAAACUUUGGUUGGUUCGAAGAUAAAAGUGUGGUGGCCAGAAGAUCGCAUGUUUUAUGCAGGUGUAGUCGAAUCUUUUGAUCCAAAAAGAAAGAAGCACAAGGUUUUGUACACAGAUGGAGAUGAAGAGAUACUAUAUCUUAAAAAGGAGAGAUGGGAAUAUAUUGACGAUGAAACUGAAUCUGAACGAGAGGAAGCAGCAGAUUUAGUGAGAUCGGAAUCUCCAGCAGAGAUACCUCAAAAGAAAAAGGCAAAACUCAAUGCCAAUGAGUCUGCAAAGCGAGGAAAGAUGGAUGUUUCACCCAAAAAGGGUGGAGUGACUUCGUCCAGCAAAUCUAAGGUUGCAGCUACAAAAACUGACCGGAGUAGUGGCAGCAAAGUUGAAAGCAAGUCAAAAGAGAAUACCCCUAAGGUUGGAAGACCUACAUCUGUUACAGGUAGCAAAUCAAAGGAUCAAAGCACUCCUAAAAGUGGAAGCAAAGCUGGUAAGACAGGUCCGAAAAUUUCUGGCAAGUCAAAGACCGACGAUGCUGAAUCACACAAGACUAGCAAAUCAAAGGAGGAUGAGACAUCUACACCUGCUGUUGUUGCGAAGUCCAAGCAAGAUGUAUCGAAGACGGGGAAGUCCAAACAAGAGACCCCAAAAGCUCCUGCAAUUUCAAAGGGCAAAUCUACCAAAACAGGCGAUAAAUCUAAUAGUUCGAAUCUCUCCACCAAGGUUAAGUUCACAUCUUCAAAAUCAAAAGAAAGUGGAGAUGCAAAGAAUUUGGCUUCUUCCGCAAAAACAGUGGAGAAUUCAAAGGGAAAGUCACUAAAUUCAUCCAAUGAUCAGGGCAGUGAAUCCAAGUCAGGAAAGAAAAGAAGAAGAGAGUCCAAAGGUUGAUCACCACGUCUAUUCCAAAAAGCUUGGAGUUGUCUAUUCCCGCCUCGAUCUGCACUCUACAUAUUUGCAAAUUGUAUAAGUUCUUGGCAAACUUGCUGUGGAUCUGAUGAUCUCAUUGGCACAUUUUCCAGAUUGUCAUAUAUUCUUAGUUAGGUAGGUUAGCAGCAAUUAUAGGAGUAUGCUAGUUCUCUUUGUAGUUGUUUGCCGCAAUUCAUGUCAUCUGUGGGAGGUAAUAGUAGAGGAUCCUUAAGUUAGCUUAUGUAUUACUUGGGCUUUUCUGAAACAAAGAUUGCCUUAAUUAGAGAAAGGAAAGCCACAGAUUCAGAACAAUGGUCUUUUUAGGCCUUUCUGUCUUAUCUGCUGUCUUCCCCUUUUAACUCCCUGGGUGAUUUUCAGAGUAAUUGUUAACUUAACAUCCCGUAUUUGAUUAAUGGUUUUGAAAAGCUUAGCCUUAUUGGAGCAUUUGGCUCCUCGCAAGUUUGGGUCUGUAUAGCUUAUCAAACUUGCACUUCAUUUCUGAGUUCGUUUUUUUCUA